CGUCGGCUCCAGUAAAUGUCACAGUCAAACACCUGAAAGCCAACUCAGCCGUUGUGACUUGGGAUGUUCUGGAAGAUGAAGUUGUCAUUGGAUUUGCAAUUUCCCAACAGAAGAAGGACGUGCGGAUGCUGCGCUUCAUCCAGGAGGUGAACACCACCACCCGCUCCUGUGCCCUCUGGGACCUAGAGGAGGACACUGAGUACAUUGUGCAUGUCCAGUCCAUCAGCAUCCAAGGCCAGAGCCCUGCCAGUGAGCCAGUCCUCUUCAAGACCCCCAGGGAAGCUGAGAAACUAGCCUCUAAAAAUAAAGAUGAGGUGACAAUGAAGGAGAUGGCGAAGAAAAACCAACAGCUGCGAGCGGGGGAAAUUCUCAUCAUUGUUGUGGUGUUGUUUAUGUGGGCAGGGGUGAUCGCCCUGUUUUGCAGACAGUACGAUAUCAUCAAAGAUAACGAGCCAAAUAACAGCAAGGAGAAAGUCAAGAGUGCCUCGGAGAACAGCACUCCCGAGCACCAGAGCGGAGGGCUCCUCCGCAGCAAGUUUCCAAAAAACAAGCCCUCAGUGAAUAUCAUUGAAGCGUGACAGCCUGCCAUCUGAUAGAUGGACUCCAUUCCUCACUCUCACUUUCUGCCUCUGAGCCUUGAUGACUAGGGAGGUGAAAUAUUGUUGGAGCAAUUUGGAAAGAGACCUAGUGAUUGUCACUUGCUGGCAUACACCUCCUUGUCUGUGUUCUGCAAAACAUCUGGCCAGAAAGAAAAAUCCUGCAAAAAACACCCUGAAACCCAAACAAACAAUUAAAAUGGAAAAGCAUCAGUGAGACAGCUGCUGCCGGUGAUCCUGUACUGGACUCAUGAAUCACCUGGGCUGGAGCAACUUCUCACGCACUCCUCUCCACUCCUCACACUCCGUCUUCUGGAACAAUUUUCCUGUCUUUGGAAAUGUACAAGGUUUUGUUGUAUCUUUAUUUUGUCUCACUGUCACUACAUCUUGACAGUAUUAACGUGAGCUCAGGCAUCAGUCACUGUCACUCCUCUCCAAGCAAGAAAGGAGGAAAGCUCAUCGCAGACACGACUAGCAACCAGAUUUUGGCUGCUGUGUGCUCUCGGCUUGCUUUGUUCCAUUGAUAUGUGUUGUGUAACACGUCUUGCAGGUGGGUUUUUAAAACAAAAAAAAAGAAAAAAGGCAUACCCCAGUUUCCAUUCCCACUGCGAGAACUUCCCUGGUUGUUCUCCAGUUAGGCUGCAGCACGUCUCCACUGUUGCUGUCUCUCCUAUCUCGCACUGGUGCUCUUCAUCUCAGAUAAUCGGGGCACGCCGAACACUGAGGCACAGACCAGUAUGAGGGGACACCAGAAGCCGUUUCUUAGCUUCCAGGAUAAUUUCAACCAUUUUCUUCAUGGUAUUUUCAGCUGGGCCUGUGUCCACCACCAGUGUGAUAAAAGGUCCAUAAAAAUGUAGCCAGUCAGCAAAAAAAAAAAAGAAAAAAAGAAAAAACUCAUGAUACCGGUUGCUAUGCAAGGUCUCCACUGGCAAUAGCUAUUUAUUGCGAAAGGCUCUUGCCUAAGGGACCUUUUUCUGAGGGCUUAAGUUCUUAAAUUGCUUCUUUUAGUAGGGUUCCUGUGGGAAGGUCUGGUUCUCCUUACACGUCCUGUCUGCACUAUUUUUGUGACGUUGUAAUGCCAGGUAUCUGCUGGAAGCAGUCCUCCAUAAAAAGGAUGACGACAAAUGGAAAAGGGGUUGGGCUUCUCCUCUCUCUUAAGUGCUUGAUGUUUGUAAGCUGACAGGAUCCCUGGGAUUGCUGGUGCUCUGGAAGCUGGUAGAUGCAAGUCCAUCACAUGGAAAAGAUUUACUCUUUGUAGUGUGCCAUGGGGUAUCUGUAUUUAUUUAAUUACUCCACAAGACCACUCCAUACGCACUAGGGGAUGAGGCAAGAUCCUACUUGUUCCAUCAAAUACCAAGACAGGUUGGCCUGAGUAGGGUUUGAAUCUCGUUACAACAAACCUGCACUCAGAUGAGCCUGGUUUAAAAGUCCCUGCAAAGAAACAGGCUGGCAGUAACCAAGUUCAGCCAUCUCUCCUCUUCCACUGUCACCAGCCUUUCCAAAAUAGUUGAUUUGAGAGAAAGGCACUAGUAAGUCUGCCUGCAGAUGUGCUGGUGAACAAGCAAGGGCUUCCCUUGUGCCGGUUUCAGAAGGCAGGCCAACUCCAGAGGUCUCUUCAGUGGAUCCUUUGCCAGAACACACUCCUCCAUCACCAAGAGGGAGAGGUCAACACCUCUGAUACAGACAGAGCAAUAAACAUUUUAUAAUGUACAAUAAAAGAUU